UCCAGUGUGGAGGAGUCAUCAUGUCUCUGUCGGGGCAGUUUGGUGCUCUGAGGACCGGAGAGCUGCGAGAGCUGCUGGAGGAUGAAGACAAAAUAAAGCACAUCAUCAGGUGCAGUGAGAAGUUUCAGGGGCUGCAAAGGGCUGCAGAGAAGAUGCUGGUUUCAAAUCAAAAACUGGCUAAAGUAUGUCUCUCUCAAAAACCUAAAUUCAGAGAUACGAAACUGAUUCUUGCAAUGAAGUACAAGGAACUGGAAGAACUUCAAAGCUUGGUCCAGGUCAAACAAGAACAACUUGCAGAAAAAUACAGUGUUCACUCUGCUCAGUGGAGUCUCUUGGAAAAGAUAAAACAUGCAGAGGAGGAGUGUGAGAUGAUGUUUCAGAGAUUUGUGGAGGGUAAAACGCCGCUGGCAGAAUUCCUGGAUUCCUUUCUCAGCUCGCAGAAACUCCAGCACAUCAGGAUGGUCCUGGUGAAGAAACUCCAGGAGGUUAGGCUCGGUGAGAUCCACCCUGACACUCAGCGUGUCUCAGCAGAAGAGAUCCAGGACGCCUGCCUUCCCGUCUGCAGUCUGACCUCAGCUGUGGUCCUACCUGCCUGCUGCCACCCUCCAUUCCUGCUGCCCUAUGGUACCCACAUUAACACUGCUCACUGUCUACAGCAUACACCCUUUUGUCAUGAUUACAGUCAUGAUUGCGAUGAGUCCCUACGUCCAGGGGUGCACAGGCGAGGCUCCAAAUGGCCAGCGAGACCGGUCCGUCUUCAGCCUCUGAAGGUGCCGCAGAGGAAGCAUCAACAAGCACCACAAUAAAGACUCAUCCAGAGUUUGCAUUUCAUUAAAGUAAACACAGCUACUGGGUAA